GCCAUGGCCCUGCCCCGCACGCUGGGGGAGCUGCAGCUGUACCGGGUGCUGCAGCGCGCCAACCUGCUGGGCUACUACGAGACCUUCAUCCAGCAAGGGGGGGACGACGUGCAGCAGCUCUGCGAGGCGGGCGAGGAGGAGUUCCUGGAGAUCAUGGCGCUGGUGGGCAUGGCCACCAAGCCCCUGCACGUCCGCCGCCUCCAGAAGGCCCUGCGCGAGUGGGCCUCCAACCCGGGGCUCUUCAGCCAGCCCGUUUCUGCUGUCCCCGUCAGCAGCAUCCCCCUCUUCAAGCUCUCCGAGGCCGGCGGGCGCAAGGCGCUCAGCAAUGGGCACGCCAGCCCCGGCGAGGCUGCGGGCAAGGGGGGUGGCAGCGCUGGGACACCCCCAGCCCGCAGCCCCACGGAGCCAGGCGAGAAGCUGUCGCCGUCGGCGGCCCCGCCGUGGCCGGGGAGGAGCACCCCUGAGUCGGAGGGUGGCGGGGAUGAGGAGCCGGGGGGUCCCCCCUUCUCCCCGGGUGGGAGUGGCGGCGAGCAGCCGGUGGGCGCGGAGGCGCUGGAGCCGGAGCUGGCACGGACGGUGGCGGAGAGCGUGGAGCGGCUGCUGCAGAGCUGCCCCCGGGGCGGCGAGGCCGAGCUGCGGGCGCUGAUGAAGCUCAACAAGAAGCUGGCCAAGGCCGUGGGGCACAUCUUCCAGCUGGAGGAUGGCAACCGGCACAAGGAGGAGGAGAUCCGCCGGCACAGCGCAAUCUAUGGCCGUGGCGAGGCCCGGCGCCGUGAGGGCAAACAGCUCACCCUGCACGAGCUCAUUAUCAACGAGGCGGCCGCCCAGUUCUGCCUGCGGGACAACUCGCUGCUGCUGCGGCGCGUCGAGCUCUUCUCACUCUCGCGGCAGGUUGCGCGGGAGAGCACCUACCUGUCCUCGCUCAAGGUCACCAGGGCACAUGCUGAGGACAGUGGAGCCACCGCGGCCAAGCGGCUGAAGCAGGAGGCAGGAGAGCAGAGCCGCCCCGAGCUGCUGCCACUGCCGGUGGGGCCGGAGCCCCCCGGGGCUGCGUACCGAGCCAGCCUAGAGGAGGAUGCAGCCAGCCUCUCUGGGGAGAGCCUCGACGGCCACUUGCAGGUGGCCUGUCCCCGACUGACGCCCCCGCCGGGUGCAGCCCCCGACGUGCCCCUCGGCCUCCCCCCCCACGGGCUCUGGAGUCGCCACAUUCUCCAGCAGACGCUGAUGGAUGAGGGGCUGCGCCUGGCCCGGCUGGUCUCGCAUGAGCGCGUGGGGCGGCUCAGCCCCUGCCUGCCGGGGAAGCCCCCGGGACCAGAGUUUGAGGACGGGCUGGCAGAACGGGGUCCUCCAGCCCCCCCGGAACCCCCCCGCGGCACCAUCAAGGUGGAGCAGGAGACCAGCCGGCAGUGA